AUGGGCAACGAAUCCUCCACCCCUAUUGACGAGGCCACGCCUCCCACCACGCUCUAUGGGCGAAAUAUAGAAGCAGUGGCUCAAUACAUCAAAGAGAAGGACAUCAAGAACAUUGUCGUCAUGACUGGCGCGGGAAUCAGCACAUCGGCUGGAAUACCUGACUUCCGUUCUCCUGAUACUGGGCUGUAUGCCAAUCUGGCUCGGCUGAACCUCCCAUAUGCAGAAGCAGUCUUCGACAUCUCAUACUUUCGAAACAACCCGUACCCGUUUUAUACCCUGGCGAAUGAACUGUAUCCAGGCAAAUACCGGCCGACGGUGACACACGCAUUCAUUAGUUUGCUUCACAAGAAAGGGCGACUGCUGAAACUGUUUACUCAAAACAUCGACUGUCUCGAGCGGGAAGCUGGGGUCCCUGGCGAAAAGAUUGUGGAAGCACACGGAUCAUUCGCUACUCAGAGGUGCAUUGAAUGCAAGACCGAGUUUCCUGGUGAUCGUAUGAAAGAGAUGGUCCAGAAAAUGGAGGUACCGCGCUGCAUCAGGUCGACAUGCUCCGGACUGGUGAAGCCCGAUAUCGUUUUCUUUGGCGAGGCCCUUCCAGAGUCAUUCCACCGCAACCGAAGCCUGCCCGCAAAAGCAGAUUUGGCAAUUGUCAUGGGGACCAGUCUGACGGUUCAGCCAUUCGCUAGCUUACCGUCGUUUGUCAGAGAAGGUACACCGCGCGUGCUUAUCAACCUAGAGAGAGUGGGAUCCAUCGGUUCACGGCCGGACGACGUGCUGCUGCUUGGGGACUGUGAUGAGGGUGUUCGCAGGUUUGCCGACGCUCUGGGCUGGCGUGAUGAGUUGGAAAAUCUAUGGGCUAGCACCAACCCAAACAAGGACGAGCGGGAUGCACAGGAGGCGCCGCCCAAGACCAGGCAGGAGAAAUUGGACGACGAGAUUGCGAAGUUGACCAAGGAUAUUGAUGCCUCACUCAAGAUCUCCGCCGAGGCAAAUGAUAGAAUAAGGGCUGAAUUGGAAAAGAGUGCACCGCAGAAAUCACCGCCAUCAACCGGUCCCUCGUCCAACACGCUGACCUCGCCAACGCUAACCACGUCUUCAAACUCUGGACUCAGUCACGUCUAUCCUCAUCUAAGGCCAGACAAACCUGAAAAACCUUCUCUUUAG